AUGGAAAACCACCCUUCGCCCGAUUCCCGCUCGCAAUUCCCGUCGCAUAGCGAACCGCGAGUAUGGCUGAUCACCGCGGGCGAUUCCCCCAUCGGCAUAUCAGUCGCGCGACAAAUCCUUGCGCACGGCGACUAUGUUCUGCUUGGGCUUGCGCAUACGGUUCUGGAUCGUGACGAGCGACGCCGAGAUGGGUUCGACGCCUUUUUGGCCGAAGUAGAGGAACAUCGCGACGAAGGAUGGGCGGAACGAAUGAAAUAUGUUCCCUUGGACAUUAGGUGCGCGCUGCUAUCCCAAAAUUUGAGGGAUAAGAAACCAGAAAUUUUGGUCAUCAGGCAAGGAACGAAGACUAACAAGCCUUUGAACAACAGGAUGAUGGGUGAAUGCCAGGCAGUCUUCGCGCAAGCGGUUGCGGCCUUUGGUCGAGUCGAUAUUCUCCUAUGCUGCACAAGCCAAGCACUCAUUGGAACUGUCGAAGAGCUAUCCGCCUCCCCACAGACCUUGAACCUCGUUCGCGAUCAAUUCGAAGUGAAUUAUUUCGGACCUCUCAAUAUAAUCAAAGCGGCAUUGCCUCAUAUGAGGAGAGAAAACUCUGGUCAUAUUAUGAUUUUAUCAGGAAUCACUGCUCAUAUUGGAACACCAGGGCUUGGGAUGUACUGCGCUGCUGGCUGGGCUCUUGAAGGAUUCUGUGAUAGCCUGGCAUUCGAGAUAGCCCCGUUCAACCUCAAACUCACCAUCGUCCAAUGCAGCAUCGAGAUCGGCAUUCUCGCCAAUCUAGUUACCAGCGUCCCACCAAUCUUCCCCGCUUAUUCUCCCGCAAAUAACCAUGCACCUCUGUUUCGGGGUAUACUAAAUCAUCUCGUUCCCCGACUCCCCGAUGCCGAAGGAGUAUCGGGCAGUACUACAUCGACCAAUCGAUCCACGGAGAGGGAAGAAAACUCAAGAGUGAGCUCGAUCGAGAAUGGCCCAUUCUCCGUGCCCGAGGUUGUCUCGAUGCAUCCACCAUUGAGCUCUGCACACCUGGAAGUCCUAGUCUCGGAAACGGUAUAUGCCAUCACAUCCAUUGCCGGCCAUGAGAACCCACCCUCCCGGCAUAUCGUCGGGCAAGAGGGUGUCGCCAGUGUCAAGGAGAAGCUGAAAACGGUUAGCGAGGAGCUUGAGGAUUUCAUUCAGGCUAGCUUUGCUGUGGAUGUGGCAGCUGAUGCAGAGCCUAUACCUCCCUUGGGGGCUACGGGCCAAACACCCUUCUAG